CUUGUUUCUUUGUAGUUACACCCUGGACAAUAACCUUUUAACUCCAGAGCAGAGGCACUUUUAUGAUGAAAAUGGUUACCUGGUCAUUAAAAACCUGAUUUCUGGUGAAGACAUUGAGCGUUUCAGAAAUGAAUUUGCAAAGAUCUGUAAAAAGGAGAUACAAGUGCCCGGCUUAAUCAUAAUGAGGGAUGUGGCCAUUGCUAAAUCAGAGUUUGUUCCAGAUCAAAAAGCAGUUACUAAAAUACAGGAUUUUCAGGAAGAUGAAGAGCUCUUCAGAUAUUGUACCAUGCCUCAGAUCCUAAAAUAUGUUGAGUGCUUCACAGGGCCAAACAUCAUGGCCAUGCACACGAUGUUGAUAAAUAAACCUCCAGAUUCUGGCAAGAAGAGCUCUCGCCAUCCCAUGCAUCAGGAUUUGCACUACUUUCCAUUCCGGCCUGCAGAUCUCAUUGUGUGUGCCUGGACUGCCAUGGAGCAGAUAGAUCGCAGCAAUGGCUGCCUGGUUGUUUUGCCAGGAACACACAAGGGUUCCCUGAAGCAACACGAUUAUCCUGAUUGGGAGGGUGGCGUUAACAAGAUGUACCAUGGGGUGCGUGAUUACAACAAAAACCUUCCCAGGGUUCACCUUGUUAUGGAGAAGGGAGACACAGUAUUCUUCCAUCCCUUGUUGAUUCAUGGCUCUGGAAUGAACAGAACUCAAGGCUUCCGGAAGGCGAUAUCUUGUCACUAUGCUAGUGCAGAUUGCCACUAUAUUGAAGUCAAGGGCACGAGUCAAGAAAACAUUGAGAAAGAAGUUGCAGAAAUUGCACAAAAAAAAUAUGGUGUGAGCACGCCUAUCACUCUGAAGGAUACUUGGAUGAUACGAGGGCGGCUUGUAAAAGGAGAAAGAACUAAUCUUUAGAAUAGUUUUCUGAUGGCAGAGUUAGAAAAAUGUGUGCCUGAGUAUUGUGUUCCCUGAUCGGAAACCACGAUCCUCACAAAUUUGCAUUUGCUUUUUUUGUUUGAAUUUAUUUACAACAAAAGAUUGUAAUAUGAAUGCACUGAAGAUUAACAAAAUUUAGCUAAUAUACUUAGCAUAUUUUUAACCUAUUCACUAUAGUAAAUACUUCUAUUUUUGUAAUUUUAAAAAUCAUGUGUUUUAAAAUCCACUGUUUGUUAAAUGGAUGAGAACUCCCAUCAGAUCAGCUCUUUAAAUACUCAUCACUGUGUUACUUAAGAACCAAUUUCAAUUCAGAUGUCUCUAUCCUGAUGUAACUUUUUGGGCUGCUCUUAAUGCAACUCUUAUGCUAACUCAUGGCUCUAGUGAGUCUUAACCUGGGUGGAAAAGACCAGUUGCAUCAUCUAGCCCUUUCCCGUCGUUGGAGCAUGACUGCAUUUUCUAGUCCUUUUGUCUAGUUUAUUAAAUGUCUGAAGCGAUUGUGCUUUUACCAGUUCCUUUGGGAGGCUAUUGUGGAGUCUAAUAGAUCUCACUGCCAAGAAGUCUGUCCUAAUUUUAGCCUACAUUUCCCUUCAGUUUUCUACCAUUACUCCCAUCAUCCUAAAUAAUAAUUCUUUCCUUGUUACUUAUGCAUCAAAUAAUAAGACUUAGUGUGUGCAUGGAAUUCACAGUAACUAUCAGCGUGUACUGUAUUGAAAUGAACACAGUUUGGAGGAAAAUGGUCCUUUCCCUAAAAGACAUGUAAUAUUCUGCUCGGGAGCAAAGCAGUUUUAACCGUGGUGUAGUCAUCGCUGGAACAGUGGUUAUCUCUGUGGACAGUGAAUUCAUUUGAAACUGGUUGUGUGGGGUUGAGUAACUUAUCUUUAACUUUACUUCCAUCCCUUCCCAUUUUUAAACAACUGAGAAGGGGUUUCCUCUUUUGAAGCUGGCCUUUGUAGGGGUAGGCUGGGUAGUCAAGUCCAGUGCAGGAAAAUUUAUACAGAAUG